CACAACCUGGUUUAAGGAGCUUUAGCGAAUUUAAGAUUCUGUAAUUUCAACCUUAUACUCUUAAUGAUUUCUGUCUGCGAGCAAUAAAUUGCAAGCGAUAUGCUAAAUGAUUUCGUAGUAUGAGCGACUAUUCAUCAGAAGAUUUUGAAGAGGAUUUUGAUUUAGAGACACGGCGAUCUGGACUAGGAAAAAAGUGGGAACGCGAUGGACGCACUCGACAAAAGGAACGCGCCAUGCUGGGCGUUUUCGGAAGCGAUGAGGAAGAAGAAGGUGGAUACUACAAUCCAGAAUUAAAAAAAUUCCGAGUUCCUCCAAAAAAUAUACAGUUUGUUGGGAAAAACGAGCGGUUGAAGUCAAAGCAAACAGUAACCUCUAGUGAUAUACUUGAGGGUACUCAUGAUGCUCCCAAGAAGAAAAAAGAAGAGGGUGGUGAGAUGCCUAAAAUGAAAUUUAAUACUACAGGAUUCGGUGCAAAAAUGCUGGAGAAAAUGGGUUACAAGAAGGGACAAGGUUUAGGAGCGAAUGCCGAAGGUAUAGCAUCCCCGGUAGAAUCCAAAUUGCGCCCAGAAAGGGUAGGCUUGGGAGCAGUUCGUGAACGAACCGAAAAAGAAAGGCGUGAAGCAGUACUUCGUGGAGAAAUUUCAGACAGCGAAGAUGAAGAAAUUCGUCAGAAACGAGAAAGAGAAAGUAAGAAAAAGAAGAGAUCUAAAGAAAACCUUAUAUCGUCUUCUGAAUUAUCAAAAUCCUUAGGGGACUUUUCUAUUCCACCUGUCCUUGCAAGUAUUUUGGAUGCCGGCAUCAGCGAAACGAAAAGAAUUGAACUAACAUCAUCCGUUUCGAAAUCAGGAGCUGAAGCGAAUGACAAAGCUUUAACCGAUUCGAUAGACCAACUUUCUGGUCUAGCGCAUCUGGAAUCAAAAAACCAUGUUACGAACUGGCAGCAGCUACAAGCCCGAAAAGCUUACAUCAAGAUGGAAAAAGAACGAAUUUCAAAUGAAUAUGAUAAAAAAAAUAUGGAAAUCAGUCGUUUAGGAAAGUUACUUGAAAAAGUAGACGAGAUUCAUAAUAAUAUAGCAAAUAUGGCUGUGGAAAAUGUGAAUGAAUCCGUGGACGAAUUAGAAAAAGCCAUACAGCCUUUAACAUAUUUGAUUGAGACACUUCCUGCUGAAUUUUCUGAACCUAAUAUGCACUAUGAACUCGAUUCUGUUGCCGUAAGUAUAUUGAUGGCGGUGGUAUCUGAACCGUUUAAGAAUUGGGACGUAUUCAGACAUCCUUACUUUUUACUGGAGCAUUUCUUGACUUGGAGAAAGUCUCUUCAGUCCAAUGAUUUUCGUCCAAAGACAGAUCGGCCUGAUGCGUUUAUGGAUAUGGAGUUAGAAACUGAAGAAGACCAGUCAGGCCAGACAAAUUUCACUCACUACGAAUCUCUAAUGAUGGCGCUAUGGGAAACAAGGGUAUCUAAAGUUUUACGGGAUGAUUGGAAUAGCCGCGAUACGUCUAAAGCAUUACAUUUACUAGAAGCAUGGGACGUGGUUGUCCCAUCUAAGGUGAAGGAAACACUAGUUAAGGAUACUAUCCUCCCAAAACUAAAGGAAGAAGUUAGCAUAUGGAAACCAUCAAUGCGAUCAAGAAAAAGAUCAACCGAUUCUUUGCAUCACUGGAUAUUUCCAUGGUUACCGUAUUUGGGGAAUUUUUCUAAUGAACUCUUGUCCCUAGUCUUGUCACGUCUAUCUAGGAUCCUGUCGGAAUGGGACAUUGGGUUUGGACCAUUGGAUGAUUUUAGCGCUUGGCGAUUUGCAUUUACGGAUGAUAUGUUAGAUCGUGUAUUGGAAAAGACAAUCCUGCCUAAAUUAGAAAAGUUUUUGCAGGAAAAAUUAGUAAUAGAUCCUUCAAAUCAAGAUAUGAACGUGAUUUUAACUGUGCUUGCAUGGAAAGAUGCCUUCCGUGCUACUGUUUUUGGAAAACUACUGAUAGAUUACUUUUUUCCAAAAUGGUUAAUGAUUUUAUAUGAAUGGCUCACUCUUUCACCAAACUUUGAAGAAGCUAGUGAAUGGUACAGAUGGUGGAAGUCGUUUUUUCCAGAAGACGUGUCUACGAAUGUUUACGUACAACAGGGAUUUUCCAAAGGUUUAGAUAUGAUGAAUGAAUCCUUAGAAAACAAAACCAUUACUCCACCAACCUCUUAUGCGAGCGCGCAGAUUCAACAUAGGUUGGACGCCCAUGAAAAGAAGUUGGGUGCGCAGAAGCUGGCGAAUCAACUACGAGAUCAAAGUAUUCGUCAAGCUCCAGAAACUAUAAGUUUCCGAGAAAUUGUUGAGGACUUUUGUGCUGAUCAGGGGUUCCUGUUGGUGCCUCUACGAAAGUCGCAUCCGCUUAGUGGGAAUGCUCUUUUUAGAAUAUCCGCCCAAGCUACGAGGUCUCGAGGAAUUACAGUUUAUUUGAAAAAUGAUAUUAUUUGGAUGAAACCUCCGGGUGCUACGGAGGACGCUGUAUUUCAGCCUAUCGGAUUUGAAGAAAUCCCUACCAUUUUGAAUGCACGUCCCUCUUGAUGAGCCUGGUUUAUAUGAGACUAUGAUUUUGGUAAUGCAUUUUUUUCUACGUUCCUUUGAAGUAUAUAUAUUAUUGUUACUGUUACUGUUACUGUUACUGUCAUUUAUUUAUUGUAUACGUAGAAACUUCAUGACUUUACUGACGAAG